UGUUACUGGUGUAUCUGUCAUACUGGAGAAGAUGAGUGAUUCAAAAGAUGAGGAGGAGGACACAUCUUCCGUCUCCAGCUGUCUGUCUCUGAAGAGUGACGGGUCUAUUGACUUACCUCCAGCAAUCAGUAAUCUACCACAGCCCUCAGACCGGAAACGGAGAGCAGAGUCUCCAGUCCCCAGCUGCCUGUCUCUGAAGAGUGACCAGUCUAUAGACAGAUUUAUGGACUUCAGGGAUCAACCUGGACCCUCAGAAACAAAACGAAGAGCAGAGUCUCCAGUCCCCAGCUGCCUGUCUCUGAAGAGUGACCAGUCUAUAGGCAGAUUUAUGGACUUCCGGGAUCAACCUGGACCCUCAGAAACAAAAGGGAAGAGGUCCAGAACAAGAGCUGGAGUGCAGAGAGCCAGUCAGACCAGCACUGUACGAACAGAUAGUGGUCUGCAGGAGGUUUUAGAUGAACAUAGGAUCAGUCUGAGGAGGAGAUGUGAACAUGUGACUGAAGGAACUGAUCAAAGUGAAACCCUCCUCAACAGGAUCUUCACCGAGCUCUACAUCACACAAGGCCUGAGUGAAGAGAUUAAUACCCAACAUGAGGUGAGGCAGCUGGAGACAGCUUCAAGAAGAAGACCCCUCCAUGACACUCCAAUCAAGUGCCAGGACAUCUUUCAAGCCUUACCUGACCAACAGACUCCCAUCAGAGCGGUCCUGACCAACGGAGUCGCUGGAGUUGGAAAAACUUUCUCAGUGCAGAAGUUCACUCUGGACUGGGCCGAGGGUUUGGGAAACCAAGAUGUCAGUCUGGUGAUCCCGCUCUCCUUCAGGGAGCUGAACCUGAUCAAAGGUGAGCAGUACAGUCUUCUCAGGCUGCUCCAUGUUUUCCAUCCAACCUUACAGAAGGUCACAGCAGAGCAGCUGGCUGUCUGCAAAGUGCUGCUCAUCUUUGACGGCCUGGAUGAAAGCAGACUUUCUCUGGACUUCAGAAACAAUGAGUUUGUGUCUGAUGUCUCACAGCAGUCCUCAGUCAACGUGCUGCUGACAAACCUCAUCAGGGGGAAGCUGCUUCCCUCGGCUCUCGUCUGGAUAACUUCCAGACCUGCAGCGGCCAAUCAGAUCCCUCCUGAGUGUGUGGACAGGGUGACAGAAGUACGAGGCUUCACUGACGCCCAGAAGGAGGAGUACUUCAGGAGGAGAUCGAGUGAUGAAGACCUGUCCAGCAGAAUCAUCUCUCACAUCAAGAGCUCCAGGAGCCUCCACAUCAUGUGUCUGAUCCCAGUCUUCUGCUGGAUCACUGCUGCAGUUCUGGACCACAUGUUGACUACAGACCAGAGAGGACAGCUGCCAAAGACCCUCACUGACAUGUACUCACACUUCCUGCUGGUCCUGACAAAGAAGAAGAAGCAGAAGUAUGAAGAGGGACAUGAGACGAGUCCACUGCAGCUGACGGAGGCUGACAGGGAGCUUCUUCUGAAGCUGGGGAGGCUGGCGUUUGAACAUCUGGAGAAAGGAGACAUCAUGUUCUACCAAGAAGACCUGCAGCGCUGUGGUCUUGGUGUUACCGAGGCCUUGGUGCACUCAGGAGUUUGUACAGAGAUCUUCAAAAGAGAGAGUGUGAUCUUCCAGAAAACAGUCUACUGCUUUGUUCAUCUGAGCAUUCAGGAGUUUCUGGCUGCAGUCUACAUGUUGCACUGUUACACCAACAGAGACACAGCGGUACUGAAGGACUUCCUGCAGGGAGACUAUAGCAACAGGUAUAACAGUGAUCAGGAUUACCCAUCCCUGGAUUUCUUCCUGGAGGGAGCAAUGGAGAAAUCCCACAGAAGUGAAAAUGGCCACCUGGACCUGUUUGUCCGCUUUCUCCACGGCCUCUCUCUGGAGUCCAACCAGAGACUGUUAGGAGGCCUGCUGGGUCGCACAGACAACCGUCCAGAAACCAUCCAGAGAGCCAUCAACAACCUGAAGAAGAUGAGCAGCGAUAAAAUCUCUCCCGAUAGGAGCAUCAACAUCUUCCACUGUCUGACAGAGAUGAAGGACCACUCAGUCCAUCAGGAGAUCACAGAUUUUCUGAAGUCAGAGAAUAGAUCAGAGAAACUCCCUGGGAUCUACUGCUCUGCUCUGGCCUUCAUGCUGCAGAUGUCAGAGGAGAUUCGGGAUGAGUUGGACCACGAGAAGUACGAAACAUCAGAGGAGGGACGACAGAGAGUGAUUCCAGCUUUGGGGAACAGCAGCAAGGCUGUAUUUCAUAACCGUGGAAUCUCAGACUCUGACUGUGAAGUCGUGGCCUUCGCUCUGAAGUCCGACCCCUCCCACCUGAGAGAGCUGGACCUGAGAGGCAACAAGCUGCAGGAUUCAGGAGUGGAGAUGCUGAGUUCUGGACUAAAGAGUCCAAACUGUAAACUGGAGACUCUCAGUCUGAGGCGCUGCAGGUUGUCAGAGAGCAGCUGUUCUGCUCUGAUCUCAGCUCUGAAGUCCAACCCCUCCCAUCUGAGAGAUCUGGACCUGAGUUACAACGCUCUGCAGGAUUCAGGAGUGGAGCUGCUGAGAGAUCUUCUGGAGAGUCCAGACUGCAGACUGGAGGCUCUCAAACUGUGGAGCUGCAGUUUGUCAGAGAUCAGCUGUUCUGCUCUGAUCUCAGCUCUGAAGUCCAACCCCUCCCAUCUGAGACUUUUGGAGCUGAAUAACAACGCUCUGCAGGAUUCAGGAGUGGAGCUGCUGAGUGAUCUUCUGGAGAGUUCAGACUGCAAACUGAAGGCUCUCGGACUGAUUGACAGCAGUUUGUCAGAGAUCAGCUGUUCUGCUCUGAUCUCAGCUCUGAAGUCCAACCCCUCCCAUCUGAGACUUCUGGACCUGAGUCUCAACAAGCUGCAGGAUUCAGGAGUGGAGCUGCUGAGAGAUCUUCUGCAGAGUCCAGACUGCAGACUGGAGGCUCUCGGACUGUGGGGCUGCAGUUUGUCAGAGAUCAGCUGUUCUGCUCUGAUCUCAGCUCUGAAGUCCAACCCCUCCCAUCUGAGAGAGCUGGAGCUGGGUAACAACAAUCUGCAGGAUUCAGGAGUGGAGCUGCUGAGAGAUCUUCUGGAGAGUCCAGACUGCAGACUGGAGGAUCUCAGACUGAGUGACUCUAGGUUGUUAGAGAUCAGCUGUUCUGCUCUGGCCUCAGCUCUGAAGUCCAACCCCUCCCAUCUGAGAUAUCUGGACCUGAGUAACAACGAUCUGCAGGAUUCAGGAGUGAAGCUGCUGAGAGAUCUGCUGGAGAGUCCAGACUGCAGACUGGAGACUCUCAGGAUCAAUGGAGAGACAAUCAGAGCCAAGAUACAGAAGAACUGUCCAUGAGGGAAUAUUGUUAACCAUCUCAACAAAUAGCAUUCAGCCCCGUAAUCCUGCAUUUGGUUCGUUUCCUUCCAUUUCUGUCCCUCAAAUCUUUGGAAACAGUCAGACUUUUUUGCGUUAAUCACCCCGACUGCAUCCAAUCACACUAUUUCUCACCCAUGUUCCCGGUAAUACCUUACACUAGACUAAGUAAUGCUCUAACACGUUGUUUUCUCAUAAACCUAGUCUAAAUAAACUGCAGUGAGUAACAUUUCUAGCAGCAGGAAGAUAUUCCAAAAAUCAAUACCAAAGAAAGAAACACAUGAUGAGGUUCUUCAGUGUCUCGCAGGCUGUUGUAGACAAAGUGUGCUGCAAUAGCACUGAAUGAUAUUAUUGUUAUUAUCACAUGUGUUUAAUGUAUCUAGUUUUAGAGGAAUUUGUUGUUGGUUUUUUCGUGCUUUUAUACCACAUUUUGCUGAUUGUGUUUGCUGACACCUGACUAUAUGGACGGAGACAACAUGAAGCUUUCAAUCCUGAGGGGACUGACAACAACAAAUACCCAACUCCAACACCUGGGCAGAGACAAUACAUUUACAAUUGUGAAUAAUGUUUGAUAUCCUGUUUUACCUUAAUGUUUGUUACUUGGGACGGUUGAAACACACGGGUUCUUCCUCUCUCAUCCUCCUCUUCUUUGUCCUUCAGUGAUCCAUUGUUGUUGUGCUAUUUGAAGGUUAAUAGCCUCAAGCGUCUUUGAGUUUCUAGAAAAGCGCUAUACAAGUAUCAUGUAUUAUUAAUAGAGUGCCACAGAGACGCUUCCUAAAACCCGGAAGUAAGUUAGAAUUUGACCACUUUUUCCCUCGAUAAAAAGCAAUGCAAUUUCGCCACAGGAUUUUGGAAAAUAGCUC